AUGCAGAAAGCUUCAGGUCGUAGACAGGAGAGUUAUGUAUGGGAAUAUUUUCAAUAUGAUUCAGUUACAGAUAGGAGUACCUGUUUAUGUGAAAUCUCGAGCACAUCAAGUUCACAAAGCACUUCAGCUUCAAGAGUUUGUGGUAAGACUUUGAAAGAAAAAAAUGCAACAAAUUUGAAAACUCAUUUAGAAUAUUUUCAUUCUGAUGCUUUUAAUAAAGUCAAAGAUAAAGAAAAAGUGAAAAAUAAAUUGUCAAAUAAAAUCUGCAAUGCUAGUGGUUCAAAUCAGAAAAUGCAAUCUAAAAUUGCUACUUUUGUUGAUAAAAUUAAUGCAUAUAAUGAAAACUCAAAAGUUUAUAAGGAUAAACUUGAUGCUGUCGUUGAUCUGUUUGCAAAGACAAGUUUGCCACUUUCCUUACUUGACUGUCCAGUGUUUCAACAAUUUGUCAAUACCAUGGAUUCACAGUUUAAAUUACCAGUUCUUGAUUUAGGGCAACAUUUAAAAAAUUGUCAGAGCUUGACUGAAAUCAAUAAUGAACCCUUGGAGGAUUCGUUAUUUAAUUUUGUUGAAACAUGUUCUGCAGCACUAUUAAAAUCACUGUCAAGUCUGUUUCGUUAUGUCCGAGAUGCAACAUCACCAGAAUUUAAAGUUCUACCAGCCGCGGCAACAUUGCUUGACUUGAGAUACAACUGGACUUUGCUAAUGCCUGUUAACUCUGCUGUUUUAUCUAUGGCUAAAAAAUAUAUAGUUCAAAAAAUAAAUGUAAAUCGCAAAGAUAGCAAUCAACUUCAAAUUGAUCAGGACCUGCAACAACGUCCGACGAAACGUUUUAAGCUGAUGACCAGUCUAGUUUUGCCAACGUGCAGCCAAAGCCGAACAGAUAAACUAUUGAGUGUAUAUUCUGAUGUAGAAGAAGAAAUAGACAGAUAUAUAUCUAAAGUUAAUAGCCAGUUAUUGCCAGAAGAUGAAGAUUCAAUUGUUGCAUGGAGCAAAAAGACAGACUUGCCACUUCUUUCUGGUAUUGCUCCAAAUAUACUGGCCUUGCCAUGUUCGCAGGCUUUCGUUGAACGAUUGUUUUCAACAUGUAGCAUAUUGACCGAAGGUCGACAAAAUAAAUUGAGCAACAACCUUGUAAUGAAGGAAGAAAAUGUGAGAUUAGCAAAUAAACUUCUUGGUAAUGUUUCUUGGCCUGUUUUGACUGAUGAUACCAGCUUAGAAACGGAUUAUGAAAACUUUUUUCUAACUUAUUUGAAUUGUAUUAAUACUGCAUGUUCAAUAGUCUCCAAAAAGGACCGCUUUAGAAAACCUUGA